UGGCUUUUGCUGUGUCUGCAGAAAACACCUCCAGGAGAUCCCGUCUUCCAGCAGCAAUGUUUCUACCAGCUUCACCUGGGACGGGGAUGCGAGUAAGAACACAGAGUUUCUCUCUGGCAUGGGAGUGUCUGUUCUUAAAAAGGACAAGACAGGCUCUGAAAACAUGCCAGAGGACCUGCUGGCGAUGUUGCCUUGUCCUCCAAAACGGCAGAAGGUGAAGGACUUUAUUGCACAGCAGUCUCAGCUGCUUCAAGAAGAUCCAGGUGUUCCAUGGUAUUUAAUUCCAGACGAAUUGCUCUUGGCAAUCUUUGUAUAUUUGCCCCUAAAUGACUUGCUAGAAGCUUCCCUGGUUUGUAAGAGAUGGCGUCGUCUUUCGUUUGAUGAAUCUCUCUGGCAGAGCCUCGAUCUGACUGGUAGCCAUCUGCAGCCAGGAGUGUUAGGACAGUUGCUGCCUGCAGGUGUUGUUGUAUUUCGCUCCCCAAGAUCUUUUAUUGGGAAUCCGUUGUUUAAUACAAGCAAACGUCUCAAAAUUCAACAUAUGGAUUUGUCAAACUGCACAGUGUCUGCCACAGAUGUCCAUAGUAUUCUUAAUCUGUGUGAAAACCUGAAGAACCUCAGCUUGGAGGGACUAGUGCUUUCUGACGACAUCAUGAAGAGCAUUGCUAAUAAUCCUGGUUUGAUACGACUAAAUAUCUCUGGGUGCUCAGGGUUUUCUGCAGAAAGCUUGGAGCUGAUGUUGAGAAGCUGUUCUAUGUUGGAGGAGCUGAACUUGUCCUGGUGUGACUUCACAGCCGCUCAUGUCAAAGUGGCAGUCAAUCAUAUUAGUACAAAAAUAACCCAAUUAAAUUUAAGUGGAUACAGACACAAUCUACAAAUAUCAGAUGUUAAAACACUGGUGGGAAGAUGUCCUUUACUUUUCCAUUUAGACCUAAGUGACAGUGUGUUGUUGAAUCUUAAGUGCUUCCAGUAUUUUCAUCAACUCCCCUUCCUAGAACAUCUGUGUCUUAGCCGAUGUUAUCAGCUAACACCUGCUGCCAUAGUACAACUUGGUGAAAUUCCAACAUUAAAGACUCUUCAGGUAUUUGGACUAGUGACUGAUAGGUCCCUACAGCUCCUCCAGGAAAUGCUUCCUGACAUAAAGAUCAACUGUGAACCUUUUACAACUGUGGCAAGGGCAACUGUUGACAGUAAAAAGAGUGAUGAGAUUUGGGGCAUCAAAUGCAGAUUGUCACUGAGAAAGCUUAGUGGCUCAUGACCAUGUUCAAUGCAGUGGAUGUGAUGGACACUGUGUAUAGUGAAGUUCCAUAAGAAGCACAGUGCUGGAGCACCUUUAAUCAUAGUACUGUUACUGUAAGGAAGUUAAAAUGCUUUUUACAUGCCUUAAUCUAGUUUUCUAAAUAUUUUUGCAGUAUUAUUCUACUUAAAGCCUUUAGAAAUCAAUGAUCUGAGCAAUUCUAGAAUUUCUAAGUCCUUUUUGAACAGGGGACCUUUUUUGAAAAAUAUCAUUACUCAUCAUUGCAAUGAAGCAGUGUCAGCCUGGAACAUCAACACCUUGCAGAGGUGGUACUGACUUUAAAAGUUUGAUCUGUGUCUGUCAUCAGGGUCCUCAUGCAUAAGCCUGGAAUGUUCCAGCAGGUGUUAGCUGAAAAAUCAUAGGGCACACCUGUACCCUGUCUAGGGCAUGAAUAUGCUGCUGUUUUUCCCACAAAUGCAGUAAGCAAGUAGGUGGUGAACUUAUUCAUGGAUGAUUAAGGUCAACCUAUGGCAUUACUAUAUGACUGUUGCAUAGGUAUAUGCUUCUCAUCUCAAACUGAAGAAAAGAGUUCAGGAAUAAAUAUGUGCUACUACAGAAAAAAAAUACUGUGGAGAUUGUAUAAUUACUAGGAUUUGAUAUUUAACUUGACUUUUUAUACAGCAAAUACAGCAUUACCUUGUUAAACUCAGUUGUUCUAUGUUUUCACUAAGUUUGAGUGUAACACUUCAAGUCACUACUGAGCCUGUGCCCCUUACAAAUAAGUUAAUGGGCAGCAGACCUUGUGAAAGCUGGAGUGGAGGAGUGAUGGGAGCAUACUGGAUGUUCUGUUGUUUCAGUCUGCAGCCUUAGGUUUAUGUCUUAAAUUAGUUC